GCUGGAUACAAUUCCCAGGCGCCCUCAAGCUUUGGGAACAACUUCAACAACUUCGGAGCAUUGAGUCCUCUGGGUGACUUCAACUUCGCCUUCGCAAGCCUGGACACUGACUUUGGACAAUCCUUCGACCUAGCUUUGCAUGAGGGUGGAGUCAAGUUCGACCAGAUUCCGGCCCCUUUUCUCUAUUCUCAGUACCCAACUUGGAGCUACAACAACGCUCACGUCAAUAUGACCACAUCCCCAGGCUUUCCCACUGUUGUCCACACCGGACCAACUGCAUUGCCUCCAACUACAAUUGCAGCUUCAGGACCAGCACCAACCAUCCACCUUCACCGCUGCUCGUUUGGAACCUGCACCAAGCGCUUCAAGCGCCCAACUGACCUCGCUCGUCACCAAUACACCGUUCAUCUGAACAUGACGGGACGUCUUUGUCCCAUUGCCGGCUGCCCGAAAAGCCAAGGUAGGGGAUAUAGUCGUGCUGAUAAGGUUACGGAGCAUUUGUGGAAGAAGCAUGGAGAUCUGGGGUACAGGAAGGCAUGAAUUGGGCGGGUUUGUGAAGAGAAGUGAGGGAUGGAGAUGAGAGGAAGUUUACGGCCGUUUG